GCAAGGAACGAAGCCGUCAAGCCGACGCUCCGGUCCGGCUGCUUCACCGAUAUAUUCGAAUUCCCAACGCAUCUUUUCUUGUUUGCUCUUCUCGAAUUCCCGUUUCCGGCAUGGCUACGGCAGCAGCGUCCACCGUCGGAGCCGUCAACCUAGUACCGCCGCGGAGCUCGAAUGCAUUCCCGAGCUCGGCGUUCUUGGGCAGCAGGUUGAAGUGGAGCACCGCAGGCACGAGCCAUGCCAGGAUCUCCGGCGGCACUCUCAGGGUCUUGGCCGCCGAUCUCGACGAGUCCAAGCAGACGGAGAAGGACCGGUGGGGAGGGCUCUACCACGACACCUCCGACGACCAACAGGACAUCACGAGAGGAAAGGGGCUGGUGGAUUCCCUGUUCCAGGCGCCCUCGGGCGACGGCACCCACAUCGCCGUCAUGUUCUCCCAAGAAUACAUCAGCCAAGGCCUCCGCCAGUACAGCCUCGACAACACCAUGGGAGGAUACUACAUCGCCCCUGCCUUCAUGGACAAGCUCGUCGUUCACAUAGCCAAGAACUUCAUGAACUUGCCUAACAUUAAGAUUCCUUUGAUCUUGGGUAUUUGGGGAGGCAAAGGGCAGGGGAAGUCAUUCCAAUGCGAGCUUGUGUUUGCAAAGAUGGGAAUUAAUCCGAUCAUGAUGAGCGCCGGAGAACUGGAAAGCGGCAACGCCGGGGAGCCGGCGAAACUAUUACGUCAGCGUUACCGCGAGGCUGCAGACAUCAUCAAGAAGGGGAAGAUGUGCUGCCUGUUCAUCAACGACCUCGACGCCGGCGCGGGGCGGCUGGGCGGCACCACCCAGUACACGGUGAACAACCAGAUGGUGAACGCGACGCUGAUGAACAUCGCGGACAACCCCACCAACGUGCAGCUGCCGGGGAUGUACAACAAGCAGGAGAACCCGCGUGUCCCCAUCAUCGUCACCGGCAACGACUUCUCCACCCUCUACGCGCCGCUCAUCCGCGACGGCCGAAUGGAGAAGUUCUACUGGGCGCCCACCCGGGAGGACCGCAUCGGCGUCUGCACCGGCAUCUUCCGCACCGACAACGUGCCCAGAGAAGACAUCGUCAAGCUCGUCGACUCCUUCCCUGGCCAAUCUAUCGACUUCUUCGGUGCAGUGCGAGCGAGGGUUUACGAUGACGAGGUCAGGAGAUGGGUGGCAGAGACCGGAGUGGAAACCGUGGGGAAGAAGCUGGUGAACUCGCUGGAAGGGCCGCCGACGUUCGACCAGCCGAAGAUGACUCUCGACAAGCUCAUGGAGUACGGGCAGAUGCUGGUGAAGGAGCAGGAGAACGUGAAGAGGGUGCAGCUGGCCGACAAGUACCUGAGCGAGGCCGCCCUCGGAGACGCCAAUGAGGACGCCAUGAAGACCGGGGAGUUCUACGGGAAAGCGGCGCAGCAGGUGCACAUUCCAGUUCCGGAAGGAUGCACCGAUCCCAUCGCCAAGAACUUCGAUCCGACAGCCAGGAGCGAUGACGGUAGCUGUUUGUACACUGUCUAAAUCUACUCCUGCAGUUCUAUGCACACGUUUUAUUAUUUUAUAUGGCAGUUGCUGCAUUGUUACACAAGUCUCUAUGAAGCUUAAUGUUUGAAGUUUGAACAAUAAAAGCUUUUCGGAUCUUUGACUUA